AUGCAGGGAAACAUGAUGGAGCUGGUGGGGGUUCUGAAGCGCGGACUGCAGCAGAUCACUGGCCACGGUGGCCUGCGUGGCCUUCUGCAGGUGUUUUUCAGGGCAAAUGAUAUAAAGGUUGGUACAUUGGUGGGAGAAGACAAAUAUGGAAACAAAUACUAUGAGGACAACAAGCAAUUUUUUGGCCGUCACCGAUGGGUCAUGUACACCACUGAAAUGAACGGCACAAACACGUUCUGGAAUAUGGAUGGAAGCAUGGUGCCUCCUGAAUGGCACCGCUGGCUUCACUGCAUGACUGAUGACCCUCCAACAACACACCCGCCUACUGCUCGGAAAUUCAUCUGGGCAAACCAUAAAUUCAACGUGACUGGUACUCCGGAGCAAUACGUCCCUUAUUCCACCACUAGAAAGAAGAUUCAGGAAUGGGUCCCGCCUUCCACACCUUACAAGUGACAGCAGUGAAGACCACGUCCAGCACAUGCAGGAUGGUGCCGGGCUUUCCUUGGAAUCACACCUGUGCAGCUGACCAUGAACUUGAUUAAAGUACCUUGACCAGG